CAGGCACUUUAUAUGAUCUCGAUUUAGUAAACAGUCGGUUAUAAUAUUUGGAAAAGCACCAUUACUGCAGAUAUUUUUUCAAUAUUGCGAAACUAUCGUUUUCCCUUUCACUCGUCAUCUCCCCCACCCACCCGUUUGUUCUUUGUUUUCGAUUCGUCGACGUCGAUUUCCCCUUGGCUGUUUCGCAAGCAGUGCACUGCGGUGUAGUGCGAUACAUAGUGAGGUGUGUGUUCAAUUUUAAAGUUACAAUUUUAGUGGCGAGGACGAAAUCAGCGCAAUAGCCAGCCAAAAUGGCUGCUGCUAACAAACCUUUGCAAUUUGAUAAGAUAUGUCGGGCUUGCUUGCAAAUCAAGAAAGACAUGAGGCCUUUAUUCGAGCAACUUACUGCAACGAUGCUGAUGGGCAUUUCUAAAGUGCAGGUAUCCGUCGGCGACGGCCUGCCCUCCCAGCUGUGCCUACAGUGCGUGCAUCAGAUCUCGCGCUGCCACGCCUUCAAGGAGCUCGUGGAACGGAACGACGUGACGCUGCGCGAGCACGCCAAGAAUGCUGCUGAGGAGGCACGGAAUAAUGAGGAGAAAGUGCUGGGCCUGGUGCCGGACACCACCCAGUACAUACAGUACAUCGAGCUGCCGAUGAACAACGCGCCGCUGCUGGAAGGACUGUUUGAACCGCUGCAAGACAAUAAGGAGUUCGUUGAUCCCAACAAGCAGAUUGACACAUCCCAGCCCAACAAGGAAGAGUCCGGCCUCAACUCCGACGAAGAGAACUACCUCCAGCUAGUCGUCUUCCAAACCUCCUCCGUGGCACCAGGCCGCCACGUGUGCAACCUGUGCCACAAGGAGUUCAAACACGCGCGCUGGCUGAAACUGCACAUGCGGUCUCACUCUAACUGGAUCAAGGCCAACUGCAAGAAGCCGCCGAUGUGCCCCAUCUGCGAGAGGACAUUCAAGGUACGUGCAGAUUGUAAGAGAUAGAGAUAGUCAUAGAGAGAGAGAGAGAGAACCUGUGCCACAAGGAGUUCAAACACGCGCGCUGGCUGAAACUGCACAUGCGGUCUCACUCUAACUGGAUCAAGGCCAACUGCAAGAAGCCGCCUAUGUGCCCCAUCUGCG